CGGACCCUCUCUGGCACGACUUGGUCUCGGAACCCAAUUUUUUCUUUUUUUUUUUUUUUUCUUUUUUUAUAUUAUUUUUUCUUUUUCCUCUUCUUCUUCUUCUUCUUCAAAAAAAAAAAGAGAGAAAACGAUUCCCCGCCCGUCGCCGUCUGCCGCCGUCGUCCUGUACCUCUACCCAACUCUCACCGCGGCAGGUCCGAAGAUGGCAACUUUAACCAACGGGCAGGUGGACGGCGCGGUGCACGGUGUCGGUGUCGUGUCCGCCAGCACGAACGGGCUCGUGAACGGAUUAAGCCACAGCCCGGCGGGAUGCCCGGCCACCAUACCCAUGAAGGACCACGAUGCCAUCAAACUCUUCAUCGGCCAGAUCCCCCGCAACCUGGACGAGAAGGACCUCCGGCCCCUCUUCGAGGAGUUCGGCAAGAUUUACGAGCUCACUGUGUUGAAGGACCGCUUCACGGGCAUGCACAAAGGCUGUGCCUUCCUCACCUACUGUGCCAGAGAGUCAGCCCUGAAAGCCCAGAACGCAUUGCAUGAGCAGAAGACCCUUCCCGGAAUGAACAGACCGAUCCAGGUGAAGCCAGCAGACAGUGAGAGUCGAGGAGAAGACAGAAAGCUCUUUGUGGGCAUGCUUAACAAGCAGCAGUCAGAAGACGACGUGCGGCGCCUCUUUGAGUCCUUCGGCAGCAUCGAGGAGUGCACCAUCCUCCGAGGUCCCGACGGAAACAGCAAAGGUUGUGCAUUUGUAAAAUACUCGUCUCACGCUGAAGCUCAGGCAGCCAUCGGUGCACUACAUGGCAGCCAGACGAUGCCUGUGUGGGUGGGCGUACAGGGUGCCUCGUCCAGUCUGGUGGUAAAGUUCGCUGACACGGAUAAGGAGCGCACCAUCCGCCGCAUGCAGCAGAUGGCUGGUCAGAUGGGCAUCUUCAACCCCAUGGCCCUGCAGUUUGGAGCCUACGGAGCCUACGCUCAGGUGCAGCAGCAGGCGGCGUUGAUGGCGUCUGUAGGACAGGGGGGCUACCUCAGUCCUAUGGCGGCCUUCGCAGCAGCCCAGAUGCAGCACAUGGCCACCAUCAAUGGCCUCCCCGGAGCACCACUGACCCCCACGUCAGGUGGCAGCACUCCCCCGGGCAUUAGCGCCCCCACAGUGACCAGCAUCCCCUCCCCCAUUAGCGUUAAUGGUUUUACUGGCAUGCCGCCGCCCCAGGCGAACGGGCAGCCGCCGGCAGAGGCUGUCUUCACCAACGGGAUCCACCAUUACCCAGUGUUGCAGGAGGUGGUUUUUAGGGAGGACUCAGAGAAAAACGGCUUGGGCGUGGCUCCGCGGAGUUGUUUUGGGGUUCAGGGUGGCUGCUUCCUCUCCUCUCUCUCUGAAGCAGCUCAGAGUCCCACUGCGGCCGACCCUCUCCAGCAGGCUUACACAGGAGUCCAGCAGUACGCAGCAGCCUACCCCGCCGCAUACGGUCAGAUCAGCCAAGCCUUCCCCCAUCCUCCACCCAUCAUUCCACAGCAGCAACGAGAAGGACCAGAGGGGUGCAACCUGUUCAUCUACCACCUCCCUCAGGAGUUUGGGGAUGGAGAGCUGAUGCAGAUGUUCCUGCCUUUCGGUAAUGUCAUCUCCUCCAAAGUGUUUGUGGAUCGGGCGACAAACCAAAGUAAAUGCUUUGGGUUUGUGAGCUUCGACAACCCGGGUAGUGCCCAGGCUGCCAUCCAGUCCAUGAACGGCUUCCAGAUUGGCAUGAAGAGACUGAAGGUCCAGCUCAAGAGGCCAAAGGACGCCAACCGCCCCUACUAGCCCCUUCUCCCCUGCCCCAGCCGGCCGCCGCCACCGUGGCUGGAGGGGCAGCCGCUGUCAACAGGAAGAGACAGGAUUUGUUGAGCUGAAUAAUAUGUUGACCACUUGCUACCCACCGCUGAGCGCAAACUCAGCUUCUGGACCACAAAGUCUGCUUCAGAAAAAGAGAGAAGAGAGAAGGAAGCGCGAGCGUUGACCCGGUCCAGGACACCUCCCUUUGGAUGUACUUAAAACUUUUGAACUGAGAAGAGCGUUUUCUGGUUAGCACCAGGACUUCUUUUCCUCCUGCACACAUAUAUACACCUCCUCCACCUAAAAAAAAAAAAAACAACAAAAAACAAAAACAAAAAAAACCUGCUUGAAUGACAGCUACCUUUUUCUGGACCACAGAUACUUUUACUUGAACGCUGAGAUGGGGGAAAAAAAAAAAGUAAAAGAUCCUCCAUAAAAUCUACAAAAUUUACUGAUAAUGACCAACUCCACUAAACUCUCCAAGGGGAUAUGGACAACAAAAGUCCAACAGGAAAAACAAACUUCUUAAUAACUGAACAGUGGAUUGCCGUAGGAGAUCCUUCUGAGAGAGACGGUUUCGGGGGUGUGUUUUGUUCUUUUUGGGUCUUUUCUUUUUGGACAGCUGACUUUUGAAGGCCAAUUUCUAAGACUUCAAGCCACCAGGUGCAAAUUGAGAGAGAAAGAGAGCCGAGGUAGGGAAUGUGACAUUUUCGGGACACAGAUUUCGGGAUGGCCACCUUCAGCUCGGAGUGCCUGUCCGUUUCCAGGGAACACCGUUUGCCGAGGAGAGCCGCAGCAACGGAUUCCAGGGAGUCUUAUCCGUCAUUCCUUAGUUGUUUUAGGGACCAAAAGACCAAACGUUUUUAUCGCUGAGGACUUGUAGCGCUAAUAUACUCGGACCACCGCAUCUCCUUUCGGUCAGCGUCGCCUGCCCGGAGAGUUGCACUUAAAGCAAGUGUACAUUUCGAAUAUAUACAAAAAACCUGUAUAUAUACAUAUAUAUAUUGCUGAUGUGCUUUUUUUGAAUACAGGCAGAACUAUUUCAGACGACCAAAAGGGGGGUCUCUCACUUCGCUAGUUUACAAUUACGCAAAAUGUUUAUUUUUGUUCCCCUUUUCGUUUUUUCGUCUCGGGAGGGAUGGCGAGUGCAUGGGAGGGGCUGCUCCGUAUCACAGCCUUAUCUUUUUUAAAAUCGACAUCCUAACCUCACAGAUAAAAUAACAUCCGAAACGUUUGAAAUAUACGAACUUGUUUAUAUUUGCAGUACAUAUAUAUGUAUAACGAGCAUUCAAGCAAAUGUAUUCAUAUAUAUACGGUAUAUAUGGAUAAUAGAUAUUAAUCACAAAUAUAUGUAUUUAUAUGCACAUAUUUUACAUAUGUGCGACUGUACAUAGAGCGGCUACUGACUAGGUUGAGCGGUAUUUUUUUGUUUGUCUUUUUUUGUAGAUUUUAGAAGGAGUUCGAAGCCUUGCUCUGCUUGGGAAGAGAACCACACGUCUGGCAGCUCCCCAAACACUGCAGGCAUUCCUGUCUCUGAUAACCUAUAUGCUGACACACGACUAAAAAAAAAAAGAAAAAGAAAAAGAAGAAAGAUCAGCGCGUGUGAGAAAACGUAUCUUCUGUAAAUAUUAUCUGAAAAAUGCAAAAAGCCACCUCUCAGUAGCAGGCUUUAAGGAAACCGGGCUAAAGAGGAUUUUCUUUAGAGGAAAAGGACAAUUAUCUUCGACUCUAUUCCAAAACAUAUCAUGUGAGCUCACACACACACGCACACACACACACAUACACAAACUUCUCUUUGAAACUUGAACCAAAACGAAUACGUCUCACAACCCUUGCUCUCUUUUUGCAUUCAGUAAAGUGCAUGUAGCGUAUGGGCUGUCACCACGUCGAGGUGUGCCUUGUCACCUGCAGAAUCUGCCACUCAGCACUGUGCUCCCACAAUGAAGAAAAUAAAAAAGACGGACACAAAGAAACCCGAACACACACUUCUGCAAGCAGCCAAUGCGCUAUUAUGAUGUCAAAAAAAAAAAAAAACUUUCAAAAAAAAAACCAGGCGGGUCCAUAUCAUUUCUCAGCCAUGUGCAGAGCUUUAGCCCACGUCAAACGGAGCAAACCGUCCCGUCACUGCUGGGUCCGCCGGUCUUUGGAAAGAAAACGACACAAAAAACAUGCGUUCAGAGCUUAAAGGAGACAAACUCUAUGAAACGUGGGCAUUAGGUGACCUGUCGGCACAUAAACUAUCAAAGCAGCGUGCGGGGCUCCUGUAAACUACCUUCCUUCCUCUGGUCGAAGCUGGAGCAAACGAGGCCGAAUGAGGGAAGUGACCGAGCGGUAUUUACAGCUAUGACGUUAUUGUAAUGUUGGUCGGGAAUGUGGUAACAUUUGGCAGCUUGUGAGCAAAAAUCUGCUGGUGACACGAAGCAUUUACUUUAAAGAUGCGUCAGAUCGCCUUAUCACCUUCCAAUGAAUACAGAAACACCGCGUCAGCUCUCAGUGACGGAAAGCUCUGGCAAAGAUGUGUAAACGAGGCCUUCAAAUAAAUGGUCGUUACGGAGACAUCGUGGCCCGUAAGAUCCCACACACUCUGCUGCAAUUGUCCAACAGUAAACUUUUGAAACUUUUUUUUUUUUAUGCGUUUCCUCCCUAGCCAUGCUGCUCAUUGUGCAUGUUGACAAGUUGCAGGUGCAUCGCACCAGAUUAUAAUGUCUUUGUAAAGUUAAUAUUUGGUUCAAAAAGUCAACCUGGCAGGUUGUUUGAACACAGAAUGAUAUUUCAGGGGUUAAUUUAGCUAACUAUGUCCAACAGCAACUGAAACCCCAAAAUUAGUUUUUUGUUUUUUUUUUUCAGAAACUUAAAACGACAAGAAAAAUGUUUUUGAAAUGUUGAAGUUUACGCUAUGGCCUGUGAAAUCUUGGGGUAGACUGCAGACCACUUCAUUGUUGGACAUAUGAUUAUUUAAAACACGAAAUGAAACAAUAAUGCAAACCAACAACAAAAUCCAGCAACAUCAAAAAAAUUAAAGUUUACAAAUGUAUGAGUAUUUUUUUAAACGAAUUAGUGAAACAAAUACAUUUUUCACCGAUAUUCUGAUUUAAUGUUUUUCACCGAUAUUCUGAUUUAAUGUGACGCACCUGUUCGGCCUUAUAGGUCGUACCUCCAGUCGUAAAGUUUACGUUUAAAACUUUUUAACUACUUUUCUUGUAGAUAUGUGCAUGUGCACGUUUAAGUGGGCAGAUUUCUUUUUUUCUUUGCGGAUAUUUCCCAAGUUAUGAAGACGAACAGACAUCUGCCCUUCUUGAAUGACACAUUUUCUUGUAUCCGUCCCAUUCUGAAGCGUUUAUAAGAGAAACGAACCAUCUCACACAUUCUUCCCACCCCAAGAGAAGCUCUGGAUUUAAAGUCCCUACAAAAGUCAAAGGAAAUUGCUUCAAUUACAUUUAUAUUUGCAGGAAUCAUAAAGGGUGUUAAUAAUUAUGUCACUUUAUUUUCUCCUUAGAAAAUAAACUCAAAUUAAAGAUGUAUUUUUUCCUGAAAUUUUCAGUUAGAUUAUAGUACUGCGAAAGAAAAAAUAACUAUUUUAUUGCUUUUUACACAUCUUUACCAGGGGUAGCAGUUGGACUUGAAGGACCGGUGCUGGUCUUGUAAAGCUGUACUGAAUCUGCUAAAUGAAGCAAAUCCUUCCACUCAGUGCAGCUGCUAUUUCCCUUCAUUGUUCUUAAGCAUAAAGUUUCCUACAGCAUUUUGCAGAAAAAUGUAAAAUGUUUAAAGCAUUUUACAAAAAAAUGCUUUCAACACCUACUAUACACUUCCAAAAGGUCAACAGAAGUGGAUUUAUUGGACUCCCCUCAACGCGUAUCGAGCUGGUGGACAAUACUUAAUGAAUAUUUAUAGAUAUGCAUAUUUAUAAGGUUACAUGACACUUUUGGAAGACGACACUUCCCGUUAGGUGUCAUUACUAGUUUUGGUGUAAACUGUUCACUAUGCCGAUGUCCCGGUGUUUUGCGUAUAGCCGUUAUUUGGUUUUUGUUUGGUUUUUUUUAGCUGUUUGAAUAAUUUGACAUUUACCUUUAAAAUCCAGCGAGGGUUAAAAAAAAAAAAAAAAGCUUGCACCGCACAUUCUGGAUUACUUCUCUUUAUCUUUUAUUUUGCACCUAGCGGUAAUUUACUGCGCGUGUCAUUCAGAGGAACCCGAUUGGGUGCAUCGGAAUAAACCGUCUCUAACGAUAGCAUCGUCGGCCGCCGCGUUGUGUCCCGUUUCGACUGCCCCACUGCUGCACCGAGAAAACUUCACAAAAACACAGAGAAAGACGCGUUCACGAAGCAAUCCUCCACGUAGGAAGAGAUGAAGCAGUCACGUGACGCAUUCGUCAUCUUCAUUUGCUCUGAAUCAAAGCUGCAAGUUUACAGGUUGGGAAAGGAAAAAAAU